UCGGCUUGCUGCCGCCGAGCGCAGCUUCCAGCGUGGCUCUAAUGCGCCCUAACGCUGGUGUGGGAAGACUGCGACGAGGCUGACUUCGGAUCUAGGAGAGAAAAAAACAGGAAAGAGGAUUAACUUUUAGAAUUUUUCCCAAAAAAAAAGCUUAAGCCAGCACGAAGAACUAUCUUCCCGCUGGAGCUCUGCCACUAGGUUGAAGGAGCCGACCAGGCCACCCGCGAAACCCGCGGCUCCCGCCCAGGGCAUGCCUUACGGCAGGGUCGUCGCCGGUCCGAGCGGGGCCGGAGGCGGCGGUGAUCGUGGAGAUCAGGACAGCCACCUGGUACAUCCCUGUUCCAAACACGUUUGCAAAAAACUGGAUUGCCAUUUUUCACUUCCUUGAGCACCGAGUAUCCCCGAGAGGGUCAGACGUACCAUAUGGGCCAAGGUCACAGCCAACAUUCGCACCCAGAGGCAGCUCUGUGCUGGAAACCAGAACCAGCCACAGCCACACUCAAAGGCAAUUACCAUCUAAAAGAAUUGCUUGAAAUCUAUUUUGAACACGGUGACAUUGCAUGGCGAAACCUGCUUUCCACCCGGCAGAGCUUUAGCACUCGGUGUCUGCCCCUGCUGGGGAAGGCAGAGGGGGAAGAGGCGAACGCCCACGCACAGAGAAACCAGAGUCCCCAGCACUGACCGCCUUGAGUCUUCAGAAACAACUGUGUAACUCUGGUUUGCACGGACGCUGUCUUUGCUCAGAUUAUCUUUGAAAGCAACUGCCUGCCCUUUCCAUGCUAUGAAAUCCAAUUUGACGGAGGAUUCAAUCACCACUAGUCACGCCUCACAGCUAAAAGCCUGAAGAGAAGCAAAGAAUAUCCUAACCCAGCAUCCAAGAGAACUGCAGCCGUGCUGCCUUACGUGCAAAAGCAGAGGAGCUGCUGGCGAAGAGAACGGCAGGUGGAGAUCCUCUGGCGCGUUUUCUGAGAGGACAGCUGUACUAUGAAGAGGGGUUGUAUGAAGAAGCAUUAAUACAAUUUGAAGAAAUCAAGGCUACGGAUUUUCAAGCAAUGUAUCAGCUUGGUGUAAUGCAUUAUGAUGGACUGGGCACUAAAGAAGAUCCUGAAAAGGGAGUGGAAUACAUGAAGAAAAUACUUGACUCCGAUUCCCCAAAAGCAAGGCACUUGAAGUUUGCAGCUGCAUACAAUCUUGGCAGAGCAUAUUAUGAAGGAUGUGGUGUUAAGCAGUCAACUAAAGAGGCUGAAAGGUUGUGGCUUAUUGCUGCAGACCAUGGGAACCCAAAAGCAAGCGUGAAGGCCCAGAGUACUUUAGGAAUGCUUUAUUCCGUGUCAGAUCUAAAAGAUCUGAAGAAGGCCUUUUUCUGGCAUUCAGAAGCCUGUGGCAAUGGAAAUCUGGAAUCACAGGGUGCACUUGGUGUUAUGUAUCUCUAUGGACAAGGGAUACGUCAAAACACUAAGGCUGCUUUGGAGUGUUUGCGAGAAGCAGCAGAACGUGGAAACAUCUAUGCUCAAGGCCACCUUGUGGAAUAUUACUACCACAGAAAAUUUUACUCAACAGCUGCUGCAGUAGCCAAAAGGAUUGCCGAAAACGAUGACAUCGAUAUGCUAGGAAGGAUAACUGACUGUCUUCCCAUGUACAUAGCCAAGGGGGUGGCUAUGGCUGCUUUCUACUUGGCGAGAUGCCUCCAGCUUGGCCUGGGUGUACAGCAAGACCAAGCUGCCGCUAAAAAAUACUAUACUAAGCGAUAGCUGAGGAUCUACUGUUACUGAUACACAGGGGAAAAAAAUAGGUCACAUUUUUUGAAAGUUCUAAAGUUGGAAGGAAGAUUUAUUGCUUGAGGAAAAAGAUCAAUGAUGGCUUCUAGAAGAUGAAUCUGCUGAAUAGUGCCAGUGAUGCCUAAAGGUACAGUCAAGACAAGAUGAUUAUGCCGAUCGAAGGGAGUAUAGCAAGAUUGGAGCUGUGCUUCAGAGACACACUAUGAUUUCUACGCAUGCAGAGACCGUUUCUUUCUGCAAGUAGAAUACUCUGACGUCCAGUUUAGUGCAAUCCAAAUAAAUUAGAGAGUUAUGUAAAUGCUAAAUUAUCAAAUAACAAUUUUUGUGGCUCCUUACUCAGGGAAGCCACUGAUACGAGAGGCCUAGCAGAGCAAUUCAGUCCUCUGAAUACAUACAUCUUAAACAUUUUGUUCUCCUGCUCUGAAAAGUGUAGAGAGAUGAUGAUGAUGAGAAGGAAUGUAAGCUGAGGUGUUACAAACACUGUAGCCAGUAGUCCUGGGUAAGUCUUCAGGCAUGGAAGAGGCCCAUCAGGAUUAAACUGCUGCAUGGCUCUCUGUGAGUAGAGCCCUUCCCACUGUCUUCCAUCAGGUCUAGCGUAACCACCACAACUGACAGAAAAUUACAGCUUUCACUCAUCAUUCACUAGCUAUACAUCUGAGACUGAUCUAGGAAUGUCACUAGCUUUUUAGUAUGAGAAGAGAUGAUUUCUAUUGACUGGUGCCAUGCAUCUCUACAUCAACAACAAAAGAGAAGGAAAAGAAAAUAAACAAGGAAGCUACCUGAAGCAGAAACUUGAGAACAAGUAGAAGACAAGAGUUGUGGGUGUGUGUAUUUUCUUUUGUACCUGGAAAAGAAUUCUCCUGUUAAUUGUACAAUUAUACCCACUUACAAUUAAGAUCCCAUUUGCUUUUUUUAAUUAACUGCUCAGCUGCAGUUUUGGCCUACCAUUCUUAGACCCAGUCAGUUUUGAAAGAGGCAAGAAAGAGAAGAUGGGCCUCCCAGAGGGUGCUGAAGUAGGUGAUGGAAAUGAAUGAAACUGGUCUGUAAGCAGAUUUGUGUUUCUGACUAUGGUGCCAGCACAUGCCAUUCCAACAAACAGAAUAAAAAAAUAGAACCAAGCCUAACACUACAGUCAAGUAUGCUCCUUUUAAAUACUGGAUUUUUCUUAUGUGGCAUCAGAAACGGGGAUUUAAAGCUGAAUAUAUUACCUCUUUAAUAUUUUAACAAGUUGAUUAUCUCAGAUAAUGCCAACAAAACUUAAAGACCUUAAUAAUGUUAUAUUGACAAUAUACAACUUUAUUUUAGCUAUAAACUAGAACUCCCUU